AUGAGCUCAGCACGCGACGGGCUCGGCGGCAAGCGCGCCCAAAACCGCCAGCCGGCAGAUGGUGAUCAUCCAAUACAACACUCAAUUGGCUCGGCCAGAAUUAAGGCAACCACGCCUGCGCACUUCGCCAAUGCAAUGCAUGUCUCUGCCUUCCUCUUGCCUCCCGUCCUCGGGGUCUACACAGGCAUCCUAGGGAUCCUAGGGAUCCUAGGCGUUUGGUCGGGUACGGCAUCGACCGACUGGACCCCUUGCCUCGCAUUGUCUGACCUGGUCCCCAAGAGCCCGGGUGACUGCAGAUUGACAGACGAGGAUCCUGUCGAUGCCGAUGCCGGCGUAAAUGAUGCAUUGUUUGGACUUGUGAUAUCGUGGAUCGUGGCUUGUUCAGGUGCCCGAGCACGCGCUGUUUGCCGCGUCACGGUUAGUGAUCCGCCGAGGACAACCCUCCCCGGGAGUCCGACGAGAGAUCCGACCAGGAGGCUCUUUCGAAACCACCAAACGAGCCUGCGGUACGAAGUAAGACGGGUGCACACCCGGGAUCAGGCCACUUCAGGGAAGGCAAGAAGACACGAAGACAGCACUCGGUAA